UUCUUGCAGAGCUCAGUCUUCUAAAGCUUGCUCUUCACUUUCUUUGUUAGUCUAUCAAUUACUAGUACACAACAAGAAUCGGGAAUGGCAGCGAAACUAGAUGUGGAAGUGGAGGUCAAGUCUUCAGCAGAUAAGUUCUGGGAUGCCAUCAUGGACUCCGUUGCUCUUUUCCCCAAGGCCUGCCCUAAUCAGUACAAGAGCAUUGAAGUUCUUGAAGGUGAUGGAAAAUCAGUUGGCUCUGUUCGUUUGGUCAAGUAUGCUGAAGGAUCCCCGGAAAUUACUUUCUCGAAGGAGAAGAUUGAAUUUGUCGACGAAGGGAACAAAACUGUGAGGUACAGUGUGAUCGAGGGGGAUCUCUUGAAAUUCUACAAGCUUUUCAAGGCCACCCUGGUCGUGAGUCCAAAGGGUGAUGGGAGCUUGGUGAAAUGGAUUUGUGAGUUUGAGAAGACAAGCGAUGAAAUUCCAAACCCAGACAUCAUCAAGGAUUUUGCAGCCAAGAAUUUCCAGGAGCUCGAUGCUUAUCUCCUCAAGGCAUAGAUGGAAUUCUCUCUCAUAGGGUCCAUUUAAUAAUCCUGAAAUCUUUUCUUUCUCCUUUCUCUGAAAAAUAACCUGCAGCCCCACCCACCUUGCAGUGUACGGGUUAAAUGAUGCUGUCACAUUAUGUAGUUUGCCAUAAUAUUAAUACAACUACUAUGUAAGUUUUUUUUUUUGGGGAGCUUAAUGUAAAAGGUUUCAGUACUCUGUUUUCAUCAAUGUUUUAAUCCGACCAUAUAUCUUUCCUUUUUGGGAAACAAACCCAUUGGAAUUCUUCAUCAA